AAUUCAUCAGCCAGAAAGCUGCCUGUAUUUAGCGUCCAGUGCGACGGCGGAGAGCUAAUGUAAUUAGUUGACAGUGCCUUCCUUUGCUUGCUACAAACGUUGAUGCGAUCUAUUACUAGAUACAUAUUCUUUCAUAUUCCAUCAACUGAAUAACCUUUAUAAGACACGUUUGUGUUCGUUUCUAAUAAAUAAACGCAUAGUUGUUCUUCAAGCCUGAAACUCUACGGAUAUUUCAAAGAGAAUCUAGAAACCCGAAAAAACCCCCCAUUAUAUCAACUCCAUUAUCUUUAUCUUUUACACCCACUUCUUAUAGACAUCACCUCUAGAGGCCCUGCAACUCAUGGCGACCAACGUCAAAGUUGUGGGAACAGACCUCAAACAGGUGACAAUCAAGGUCAACCCAGGCACCUAUUUAACAGAUAUUCUAGAACAAGCUUGCGAAAAGCUUAAGGCCGAUCCUAGCAAAUUCCUAUUGAAGCACAAGCAGAAGCAGCUCGAUCUAUCCAAGACAUGGCGAACUUCAGGUCUACCUCCGGGCGCUAAGCUCGAACUUGUCGUCCGAUCCAAUACACCUACCGCGAUCAACGUCGCUUUACAAUUCCCGGCUCCCGAGUCAAAUCUAUUCCCACCGUCCGGCCGAAUCACGGAGAAACUACCCAACGAUUUCACACUAUGGCAACUUCUGCGCCAGUUCGAGAGCGGUACGGCAAGUCAAGGGAAGAACUUGAACAUCACAGGGAGGGGUAUAGCGCAGACGAGUAAUGGUACCGCCGCGGGCAGUGGGCAGUUGUAUUACGAGACACCUGUCCUGACGAUCGAGAGCCGAACGUUGUCGACCUUCGCCGACUUUCAGAAGACCCUAGCACAAUUAGGAUACAACUCAGGGAGCGUCUUAAUACGUUUAUCCUUUCAGAAAACCGAUAAGACUCUGGCGGAUGCUAUGGGGGAUAUAAGCCAGUUCUUUAGGGCAGAGGAGGAGGAUCAGAAGGCAGAAGGAAUCGCUGCUGUGCCGGCAGCUAGCGAUAUUGCGACUCCCUCGGCCGAUAUCCAACCUUCAAAUGAUGCGCCGAUCAACCCCCCGGUAGAUGAACCGGAAACUAGUGUGCCUAACGAUACUCCCCAAGACGUUGCGGGACCGUCUUCCGUGGCACAAGCACCCCCGGAUGCUAUGGACAUCGACGAACCGUCCUCCGACAACCGACCCGUCACCAUAUUCUCAGCACCCUCAUCAGGUACCCCAGCCGCAGCUUUACGAACAGACGCUGACGAAUCCUUCGCUCCACGAAUCGAACACGCCCAAGCCCACCAAAGGCUACUUAAGACCGCAGGCGAAAACAAGCGCCUUCUUUCAGAUCAAGAGCUCGAAGCAAAGGCUGCUACUGAAGACGCCAAAGUCGCCGCCGUCAAGUCUAUCAGGAUAAAAGUCCGCUUCCCUGACAACUUCUCCGCAGAAUGGCCCUUUGGUCCAGAGGAUACCGGUGCGACGCUCUACUCAGAGAUCAGAAAGCUGAUGGCAAAUGAAACGGCACAAUUCAAGUUGGCGCUGCCGCCUGGCAAGAUAGUAAUUAAAGACGACAGCAGCCCCCCAAGCAAGCUAAUCGGUGGAUAUCGUUUAAGCUCAAAUACAUUGGUGAAUUUCAUGUGGGAUGACAAGGUGCCCACCCAAGUUCGGCAACAACCUUUCUUAAAGGGCCAAGUCGUUGGUCGGGCACAAAACGUAGUUGUCCCUGAGACGCCAGAAGUUGAAGAUGAAGAUGUGGCGGGCCCUAGUGUUAACGUGUCCAUGAUCGCUCCCAAGCCCAAGGCUGAAGGGGAUGGGUCUGGAUUCAAGAAACCAAAGUGGCUCAAAGGCUUCGGUAAAAAGUAAAUAGUGAAAUGAUAAUGAACAGUGGGGUAUCCUGAGGCUGCGAUGGGCUAUGAGUAGUGGCGUUAGCACUUGAUAUAAUCUAGAAUCGGUCAAACUAGCAUUUGCUCGGAGUUCAGGUGGCAUGCGACCCUUGACCAGCGUCGUUCAUAUAGGUAGUCACUCAUCGAAGAUUCUCAAC